AUGGCUACUUGUCAGCAGGCUAUGGGAGGAAACUUAAUCCCGCCGACCGAGGCGGCCGUUAUCAGUGAGAGCACGUCAGUCCGAGAGAGUUCACAGUUGCACUACUACAAUGUCAGCGGUGGCUUCUCUGCAGUAAGCAAAGCAAGACUCUAUCAGAACGGCGCGCAAUCAGGAGAAGAACAUGGCGUGUUUGGGGUCAAACUGCAGACUUCCACGCUCAAAAAACUAGUCAUUGUUGUGGUGUUUGUAAGUGCGAGCACGUACAGUGGAGGCUCCAAACCUGAGGUGUCGUCGACGCACCGGCCAGCGCAUCUGGACGAGGAUGACGAUGGCGAUCUGAACAAGGCAUUGGGAGUCGAGCGCUUCCAGCACAUUCUUAGACCGUCCACUUCUGUGCCUGACGAGCAGCAUCACAACUAUCAUGAAGAGGAUAUUGAAUACCACCGGCACUCAUCGCACCACAUCCACCGCCCUCUGUCCAAGCUGCCCCAGGACUUGCGGCGCAAAAAGGGCGGCAAGAAGCGGCGCAAGGACAAGGACCACAAAAUGGACCACGCCCCUGUGGAGGAAGCCGAGGAAGAGGAAGAGGAGGAGGAGGAAGGGCAGGAGGCCAGCGUCGGCUCCUCCGAGCCAACGAAAGUCACGGAUGUGGAGUUCUUCCUGUCCGACGACGACCACGUGGGCGCCCCCGCCCGAGAUCUGGACGUAGUCCCGCACUCCGCCGCUGGAGACCACCAUGACGACGGCACGUCCACCGACAAGCCGGAUUCGUCCCCAACCCCACAACAUCCGGACCACCCGCCGCUGGCCCGCCUGUCCUCGACCGGCCGCAGCUACGACCUGCAAGAUCGUCGGCGCACAGGCAACAUGACGGGUGCCGAGCAGGCCAAGUACCAGCGCAUCCCCACUGACGAGAGCGAGGCCCAGACGCUCGUCUCUGCCGACCUGGAUGGCAUCAAAAGCCACCGCUUUGAAGAUGUCCCCGGCGUGCGAAGACACCUGGUCCGAAAGAGCACCAAGGGACAGGUGGUGCACACAGGCAAAGACCACAAAGAGUCGGCAACUCGCGCACGCAAGCACGACCGCACCCCACACGAGGUGUUCGUGGAGUUGAACGAGUUAACCAUGGACAAGAACCAGGAAAUGCAGUGGAAGGAGACAGCCCGCUGGAUCAAGUUUGAGGAGGACGUGGAAGAGGAGACAGACCGUUGGGGGAAGCCGCACGUGGCUUCACUGUCCUUUCGGAGUCUCCUGGAGCUCCGAAAAACCAUCGCGCAUGGUGCGGUGCUGCUGGACCUGGAGCAAAAAACCCUGCCGGGCAUUGCCCACCAGGUGGUGGAAAAGAUGAUCAUUUCCGACCAGAUUAAAGCUGAGGAUCGCGCCAACGUUCUUCGGGCCCUGCUGCUCAAACACAGCCACCCGAGCGACGACAAGGAGCAGCACAGCAGCCCCUUCCCCAGGAACAUCUCGGCGGGCAGCCUGGGCAGCCUGAUGCCGCACCACCACACCUCCAACCACGCCGAACCGUCUGUCACCGACCCGCUGAUGAGCACCGCUCACGCGGCCGGCGACGGCGAAACGCGCAUCGACGUGGAAAAGAACGAAAAGGAGGCAAACAUAUCGUCGGGAAUGCAUCGCUCCAAGUCCAAACACGAGCUUAAAUUGUUGGAAAAGAUUCCGGAAAACGCCGAGGCCACGGUCGUGCUCGUCGGUAGCGUGGACUUCCUGGAGCAGCCCACCAUGGCGUUCGUGCGGCUGCAGGAAGCCGUGGAGCUUGAGUCGGUGCUAGAAGUGCCUGUGCCUGUCCGCUUCCUUUUCGUACUGCUAGGGCCCGCUACCACUAGCAUGGACUACCACCAGAUUGGACGCUCAAUUUCCACGCUCAUGUCAGACAAGCAAUUCCACGAAGCGGCCUACCUAGCCGACGACCGUCAGGACCUCCUCAACGCCAUCAACAGCUUUCUGGACUGCAGCAUCGUUUUACCCCCGUCGGAGAUGGGCGGCGACGAGCUCCUCCGCUCCGUGGCGCGAUUCCAGCGCGAAAUGUUGCGAAAACGCCAAGAAGGAAAACUCUUAGCGGACGAACCCAAAAGCCCUGAGGAAAAAGAAGCCCUCAUUGCUCCUUCCAAGAAAUCUGACGACCCGUUGGAGCGCACCGGGCGACCCUUCGGCGGGCUGAUCCGAGACGUGAGGCGGCGCUACCCGGCGUACGUCAGCGACUUCAAGGACGCACUCAACAGCCAGUGCAUGGCCGCCGUUAUUUUCAUUUACUUCGCCGCGUUGUCGCCCGCCAUCACCUUCGGGGGACUUCUGAGUGAGAAGACGGAAGGGUUAAUCGGAGUGUCGGAGUUGAUCGUCUCCACCGCCGUGCAGGGAGUCAUCUUUUGCUUACUUGGAGCGCAGCCGCUCUUGGUCGUGGGCUUUUCAGGGCCGCUUUUGGUCUUUGAAGAAGCUUUUUACUCGUUCUGCAAGUCGAGCGACAUGGAGUACUUAACGGGUCGCGUCUGGAUCGGCGCGUGGUUGGUGGUCAUCGCGCUGGUCACGGUGGCCUUGGAAGGCAGCUUCUUGGUGCGCUUCGUGUCGCGCUUCACGCAGGAGAUCUUCUCCUUCCUCAUUUCACUCAUCUUCAUCUGCGAGACCUUUCUGAAGCUCGGCAGGAUCUUCAAAGCGCACCCUCUGACGCGCUGUUCCUUCGACCCGCCUCCGAACGACACGACGCCUUUUAACGUGUCAAAUGUCACGAUUCCGCCGCCGCUCAACAUCAGCGGCGUUCCCGACACUCCCGCCCCGAUUAAGCAACCCAACACGGCGCUUCUCUCGCUGGUUCUCAUGGCCGGAACGUUCUUCAUCGCCUUCUACCUACGCAAGUUCAAGAACAGCGCUUUCUUCCCUGGAAGAUUGCGCAGAAUUAUCGGCGAUUUCGGGGUGCCCAUCGCCAUCCUCAUCAUGGUGCUGGUGGACAACAGUUUAGAAGACACGUACACUCAAAAACUGAACGUUCCUAGUGGAUUUUCGGUGACCAGGCCGGACAAGCGCGGCUGGAUCAUCAGCCCAUUGGGGAGUGACGGCAAGUUCCCCGUUUGGAUGAUGUUCGCCUGCUGCCUGCCUGCUUUGCUGGUCUUCAUCCUUAUCUUCAUGGAGACGCAGAUCACCACGCUAAUCGUGAGCAAAAAGGAGCGCAUGUUGGUAAAGGGUUCGGGCUUCCACCUGGAUUUACUGCUGAUUGUGGCGCUGGGCGGCGCCUCGGCGCUCUUCGGCCUGCCGUGGAUGGCGGCGGCCACCGUGCGCUCGGUCACGCACGUCAACGCUCUGACCGUCAUGAGCAAGGCGGUGGCGCCGGGAGACAAGCCGCGCAUCCAAGAGGUCAAGGAGCAGCGUGUCACGGGACUCCUGGUGGCCGUCAUGGUUGGUUUGUCCAUCGUGAUCGGGGACCUCCUGCGGAAAAUCCCGCUAGCCGUGCUGUUCGGAAUCUUCCUCUACAUGGGCGUCAUGUCGCUCAACGGCAUUCAAUUGAGCGAGCGCAUGAUGCUCCUACUCAUGCCGCCGAAGUACCACCCGGACCACAGCUACGUCCGAAAAGUUCGAACGCUGCGUAUGCAUUUGUUCACGUGCAUUCAAGCGGUGUGUCUGGCAGUGCUGUGGGCCGUCAUGUCCACGCAAGCGUCGCUGGCCUUCCCGUUCGUGCUCAUCCUCACCGUGCCCGUUAAGAUGUUCCUGCUGCCGCGCAUCUUCACCGCUCGCGAGAUGCUAUGCUUGGACGCGGACGACGCCGAGCCGACGUUCGACGAGCGCGAGUGUCACGACGAGUACUCGGAGAUGCACAUGCCCGUCUAA